CGCCAUUGUCACCAUCCUCAUCCAUUGCCUCGCGCGCGUGCUCGCUCUCCUGCGCCUCGUCUGCUGGUUUGCCCUGGUUGAUCUGCUCGCUCCCUUAUCCGCCGCGCCCGCAAUCCAUGCCACGCUCCCCUCGUGUGGGGGCGCGCGCUUCACCCUCGCCAUGGCAGACUCGGUCGACCGAGUGUUCAGCCAUGCCCUCAACACAGUCAACAAGAUCCGCACCGGCUCGCAGAAGCCGCCCUCGGCCAUCCGCCUGCGCCUGUACGGCCUGUACAAGCAGGCCAUGGAGGGCGAUGUAGACGGCAUCAUGGACUGCCCGACCGGCCGGGAUGACCAGAGCCUGCGGGCGCGCGAGAAGUGGGACGCCUGGAAACAGCAAAACGGCCUCUCGCGCACAGAGGCAAAGCGCCGCUACAUCACCACCCUCAUCGACACCAUGCACAAGUACGCCUCGCCCUCGCCCGACUCGCGCGAACUCGUGGCCGAGCUGGAAUUCGUCUGGGACCAGGUCAAGUCCAACGUCCCCUCUUCGUCGUCGUCGUCGCCCCUGCGCAACUCGGACCACAUCCAGUCGGGGUACUCGCAGCAUGAACUGGGCGAGAGCCGCCGCGCCGCCAUGGACAUGAGCACCCCCAUACGGCCGACCCAAGAAACCCCGAUCCGCGACCACCACCAGGAAAGAGACGCCCCGCUGCGAAUCAAAUCCCCCAUGUCGCAAUCGGUAGAAGACCUCCAAGAAGGAGAAGAGGAAGAGGAAGAAGCCGAAAUCGACCGCGGCGAGGUCUUUGUCGACGCCCCAGACUCCCAGUACAACCCGACAUCGUACCCGGACGAGAACGACGACGCCAAUCUCGAAGACGCCGGCGUGCAAACAGACCUGCAGAACCUCAUGCGCGCCGAGCCCAUCCCCAUCCAAACGCCCACGCCCGCCCCGCGAACCCGCACCAUGGCCGUCCUGGGAAAACCAAUACAAAUGCCCAUCCCGGGCUUCGGCAGCACCCCCGCCGCCGCUACUUCGGGAGCCGCCGCCGCCAGCAAAGCCGACGUCAAGGAAUCCGUGCCCGACCAGAAAUGGCGCAAGCGCGUCGAGCAAUCGCUCAUGAAGAUGACGGCCGAAGUCGCCGCCCUGCGCGAACAGCUCGAGGCGCGCCGCCUCUUUGCCCACUCGGCCCACUACCGCUUGUUCCGCGGCAUCUGGCGCUGGGCCUGGGCCUGCGUCAAGCACAUUGCCAUCGACGUCUUUGUCCUCGGCUUCGUGCUGCUGUGGAUGCGCCGAAACCAGGACAAGCGACUCGAGAGCGCCCUGCGCCAAGUCCUCGGCGACGCCCUCGCAAAAGUGUCGACGGGCCGCCGUUGGCGAAUCCCGUUUCUGGGCCGAAGGAAGCUUGUUGAGUAAUCAAUCAUUUUUCAAGGUUUUUUCGUCUUGAUGUCACGAACACGAAACCAAGCUUUGUAUAAACUAUUUGUAUGUAUGUGUCAUGAAAGUCCCGCUGAAUAUACGCCUUAGAUAUAUCUCUCUCUCUCUAUAUAUACCUACUCGCAUUGCAGUACCAUUUUCUGCUCAC